CACCUCCCUCCCUGUGUCGUCGUGUUGCUGCUGCUGCUGCUGCUGUUGCUGGUGCCGCUGGAUGUGAGCCCGAAUCACCACCACCACCGCUGCUCGGACAGGCAACCGAACCACUUUCGUCCACAGAGGUCGAAGUACGAAGGACACGAGUAGAGCGAGAAGAAGCAGGAGCGGACGCCUCUUGAGCAAGUCUUCAGUUUGGGCUUCGGUUCCAGGAAAUCCAGGUCUGAGGAGAAACAGAUCUCGCCGCCCUUCCCGUCGUCAUGCAGACCGCCGUCGUCCUCUUGUCCGUCCUCGUUCUCGGCGUGUCCUCCCAGAGCGAGGCGGACCUCACCGUAAUGACCCGUGCGGGGCUAGUUCGGGGUAUCCACAGGCCUGUGCUGGAGAGGGGUCACGUCACCGCCUUCCUGGGAAUCCCCUUCGCCGAACCGCCUCUGGGGAAUCGGCGUUUCCGCCCAGCUGAGCCCAAACGUCCCUGGAAGGGGGUGUACGACGCCCAUCACUACCCUAACGCCUGCUUCCAGUUUGUGGACACCACCUUCCCCGGCUUUACGGGCAGCGAGAUGUGGAACCCCAACAGGGAGAUGAACGAGGACUGUCUCUACCUCAACGUGUGGGUGCCCCCGUCACCCAGACCUCACAAUCUCACCGUCAUGGUUUGGAUCUACGGCGGAGGAUUUUACAGCGGUUCAUCCUCUCUGGACGUGUACGACGGCCGUUACCUGGCGUACACAGAGACGGUGAUAGUGGUGUCCAUGAACUACCGCAUCGGAGCCUUCGGUUUCCUGGCGCUAGAUGGCUCCUCGGAAGCUCCCGGCAACGUGGGCCUGCUGGACCAGAGGAUGGCGUUGCAGUGGGUCCAAGACAAUAUCCAUCACUUUGGCGGAAACCCAAAACAGGUGACCAUCUUUGGGGAGAGUGCCGGCGGCGCCUCGGUGGGAUUCCACCUGUUGUCUCCGGAUAGCCGGCCAGUCUUUACCAGAGCCAUCCUCCAGAGCGGGGUCCCCAACACCCCCUGGGCCACCGUCAGUCCGGCAGAGGCGCGUAGACGGGCCAUGCAGCUGGCCAAACUGGUGGGCUGCAACGGGGGGAAUGACACAGAGAUCGUCGACUGCCUACGUGGCAAAACGCCCCAGGAACUCAUUGAGCAGGAGUUUCAGGUCCUCCCGUGGAUGUCCAUCUUUCGGUUUUCUUUCGUCCCCGUGGUGGACGGCGACUUCGUGCCCGACACGCCGGAGGCCAUGCUCAACUCUGGCAACUUUAAGGACACUCAGGUCCUGCUGGGGGUCAACCAGGAUGAAGGCACCUACUUCUUGUUGUACGGCGCGCCAGGCUUCAGCAAGGACAACGACAGCCUCAUCUCCAGGGGGGACUUCCUCGAAGGUGCCAAACUGAGCGUGCCCCACGCCAACGACAUCGGGUUAGAAGCGGUGGUGCUGCAGUACACCGACUGGAUGGACGAGAACAACGGAGUCAAGAACCGCGACGCGUUGGACGACAUUGUGGGCGACCACAACGUCAUCUGCCCUCUGGCUUUCUUUGCUCGCGCCUUCGCUCAGCACAACGCUCUCAAGUCCAACGCAGGUACAGUUAACUGCGCCACCAGUUUUUCCCUCGAUGCUAUUUCUCUUUUCCAAUCAGGGGUGUUUCUCUACCUAUUUGACCACCGAGCGUCAAACCUACCUUGGCCGGAGUGGAUGGGCGUGAUCCACGGCUACGAGAUCGAGUUCGUCUUCGGCCUUCCCCUGGAUAAGAAAUUCAACUACACCCAGGACGAGGAGAAACUCAGUCGACGCACCAUGAGAUACUGGGCUAACUUUGCGCGAUCCGGCAACCCUAACAUGAACGUGGACGGUACGGUGGAGAACAGGAAGCGCUGGCCGCAGUUCACCGUCGCCGAACAGAAGUACGUGGCGCUCAACACGGAGCCCGUCAAGGUUCACAGGGGUCUCAGAAACCAGAUGUGCGCUUUCUGGAACCACUUCCUGCCGCGCCUCCUUAACAUCACCGACAACAUCGACGAGGCCGAACGCCAGUGGAAGGUGGAGUUCCACCGUUGGUCGUCCUACAUGAUGCACUGGAAGAGCCAGUUCGACCAUUACAGCAAGCAGGAGCGCUGCGCCGACCUCUGAAGACGGGGCAAGCUAAUUUCCUCCAUAGUUGCUAGCAACUUGAUUGAAAAAACAUGCUCUGACACUGUACAUCCCUAUUUAUUAUUUUUGAAUGAUUCAAAUUAUUUAUUGACUAUUUAUAUAUCUCUUUCUCUAUAUACAUAGAUAUAAGUUUGUGCGUUUUGCGUGAAUGGCUAUGGAGGGAACUUGUCGUGCGUCUGCUGACUUUCCGGUCUUGCCUUUUUAUGAUUUCUCAACACGUCGCAUCAGGGUUUGUUUUGAGUGUCGUUCGUCCUCUCACUCGUUGUUUGGCCGGUAGAGUAACGUGGCCGUCUUGUAUUGCUGUUUGUCGGAAUGUGUCGUUAGCAUACUAGGUUAGCCACCCCGUCGUCCCUGCAACGUAUACAAAAAUGCAUCUUGAGAAGUAGUAAAGACGUGCACGAGAAUAUCAGUUAUUUCCGUUGAUGAGGAAUUAUGGGUUCAUCACCUGUCCAAUCUAUUCGAAGUGGGAGGGUGGCAGCAAAUGAACAGUGAAGAGAGUAUGCAGCUCGGGAGCCAAAAAAAUGCUAGCGUAGCUUCAUUCAGUCUGCCAUUUUGUGGCAUGCAUAAGCUUUUUUGGAGUUGUGUAGAGUGGAUGCACUGAAAAGUGGACUGUUUCCCGGGUGACACGAUUCAUGAGCUGGCUCGACCUCCGUCUCGGCGCUCUCGCUAGCUCUCUUUUCUCGUUAGCUUAAUGGAAGCCGAGUAAUUCACUCAGCGGCGGAGCUAAUGUGACAGCGCCUUGGCUCGCCCAGCCAGAAAAAGGAUGGAGAAGGGAGGGAGGCGGGGGGACGGAAGAUGAAAAGACAGAAUAACAUCCUUGCGUAACACACGAGCGCGAGCGAGAGACUCUCGUCGGAAGCUUUAACCCUCUCGUCCUUUUCUUAAGACAGAAAAAGAAGCAAGACUUCGUUAUUGUUUCGGUGUGUGAAAUCAGUUCAAAUGUGGUACUGAUCAUGUUAAAACAUGAUGUGGCUUUAAAUCGUGACAUUUACACCAACGUGGUCAUGCUAUUGUUAAAAAAAUUAUUUUGUAAAAUACUAUUUAUUUUAACAUGAUAUAUAUUUUAACAUGAAAUUGAACACGUUAAAACGUGAAAUUAAGCUAAAACUAAGGCUGGGCACGUUCGCUAGUAAACUGACAAAUCAACGCGGUACAUUAGCUUAAUUGCGUUAGCAUCGGAGCCACCAAAGAAGAAGUUAUGCCUUUUUUAAGCUCACUUAUUGGCCGAUUGUACGGAGCCCUUGAAGGGACAUCGACAGAAAUCAAAUACAUUUAAGCAAUCUGGCGCGCACCAGAAACAUUUUUUGUAAACAUUAGCAUUAGUUAGCCAAUUGCAACAAUGCAACAACAAUACAACAAUUGGUUAACUUGCACAGCAAAAGUCCACUAGCUUAAAUACUAUAUAAUGCUAAUGUUUACAACAAUUGGUUAACUUGCAUAGCGAAAGUCCAUUAGCUUCAAUGCUCUAUAAUGCUAAUCUUUACAACAAUUGGCUAACUUGUGUACCCAAAGUCUGCUAGCUUAAAUCCUCUAUUAUGCAAAUGCUUACAACAUUUGGCUAACUUGCAUCGCUAAAGUUCGCUAGCUUAAAAGCUAUAUAAUGCUAAUUUUUACAACAAUUGGCUAACUUGCAUAGCUAAAGUCUGCUAGCUUAAAUCCUAUAUUAUGCAAAUGUUUACAACAAUUGGCUAACUUGCAUCGCUAAAGUUUGCUAGCUAAAAUGCUAUAUAAUGCUAAUUUUUACGACAAUUGACUUACCUGCACAGCAAAAGUCUGCUAGCUUAAAUGCUAUAUUAUGCUAGUAUUUACAACUUUACAACAAUUGGCUAACUUGCAUAGUAAAAGUCAGCUAGCUAAAAUGCUAUAUGAUGUUAAUGUUUACAACAAUUGGCUAACUUGCACAGCAAACGUCUGCUAGCUUAAAUGCUAGAUAAUGCUAAUGUUCACAACAAUUGGCUAACUUGCAUAGCUAAAGUCCGCUAGCUUAAAAGCUAUAUAAUGCUAAUGUUUACAACAAUUGUCAACUUGAAUAUCAAGAGUCUGCUAGCUUAAAUGCGAUAUUAUGCUAAUGUUUACAACAAUAGGUUAAGUUGCAUUGGCAUUGCUAAAGUCUGCUAGCUUUAAUGCUAUAGUCUAUAAUGCUAAUGUUUACCAGAUAGUUUCUGGUGCGCAGAUUGCCUAAAUUUAUUUGAUUUCUGUCAAUGUCCCUUUAGAGGCUCUGUGUUAUUCUACUGUGUAUACGACUGUAUAUGCUAGCUAGCUAGCUCUAAAUAUCAUUACAAAUACCUUAUGACGACAUUUACUGAGAUGAAUCCCAGUAUUUCAUGCGAUUCAAAUUUCGGAUCGUUGCCCAGGCCUUGUUAAAACAUGACACUUUGAACUCUGAGGGAGAACAGAGACGAUUAGGGGAUGACAGGGCACUGAUUUAACUAAACAUUAGCAUUAAAACAUAUCAUUUAACCCUUAACCUGCUUCAGUCAUGAUGUUUCAGUGAGUUACAGCAUGAAAUGUAUGUACUGGAACGUUGAAAGGCCGUUCUGUCCACAAACACGGCCAUUUUGGAAAAUGCUAUCGAUUCAGCGAUGGAGACCGAUGUCCGUGCAUGUUGCCCUUUACGAUGCCACCCUAGUGCAUGUCCUCCAGACUGUUACUUUGUGUCAAAGGUUGUCUUCUGACGACUAAGCUAAUCCGAGUCAGUCGUACGCGUAACCCUCACGUUUGCCGUUAGCAAUAAGAAACGGAUUUGCGAUUGUCAAGGCCGACGAUAGAGAUUUUCAAAGCAAUAGAGCGUACGCCGCAAAUGUGGAAGGUUUUUGUCGCUUCUCUUGUGUAUCUUGAAUGCUGACUUGUAGCAACAAAAAUGAAAUAAAGUUAUCCUCCUGCUUC